UUUGCUACAACGUUGGGAUCAGCGCGUGCCAAAGGAGUGCUCAGUGGCAGCGGGCCUUGGCGCUGCUCAGCGAGAUGUGGGAGGCGAAGCUGGAGCCCAGCGUCGUCAGCUACAGCGCUGGGAUCAGCGCGUGCGCAAUGGGCGAGCAGUGGCAGCGAGCCUUGGCGCUUUUCAGAGAGAUACGGGAGGCGAAGCUCGAGCCCAACGUCAUCAGCUUCAGCGCUGGGGUCAGCGCGUGCCAAAGGAGUGCUCAGUGGCAGCGGGCCUUGGCGCUGUUCAGCGAGAUGCGGGAUGCGAAGCUCGAGCCCGACGCCAUCAUUUACAGCGCUGGGAUCAGCGCGUGCGAGAAGGGCGAACAGUGGCAACGGGCGCUGGCGCUGCUCAGUCAGAUGCGGGAGGCGAAGCUAGAGCCCGACGUCAUCAGCUACAACGCUGGGGUCAGCGUGUGCGACUUGGGCGAGCAGUGGCAACGGGCCCUGCAACUGUUCAGCGAGAUGUGCGAGGCGCUGCUGAAGCCCAGCGUCUCAGCUACUGCGUUGGGAUAAGCGCGUGUGAGAAGGGCGAGCAGUGGCAGCGGGCCUUGGCGCUGCUCAGCGAGAUGCGGGAGGCGAAGCUAGAGCCGAACACCAUCGGCUACAGCGCUGGGAUCAGCGCGUGCGCAAAGGGCGAGCAGUGGCAGCGGGCCUUGGCAACCCUCAGCGAGAUGCGGGAGGCGAAGCUGGAGCCCAACGUCAUCAGCUACAGCGCCGGGGUCAGCGCGUGCGAAAAGGGCGUUCAGUGGCAGCGGGCCCUGGUGCUGCUCAGCGAGAUGCGGGAGGCGGAGCUGGAGCCGAACGUCAUGAUUACAGCGCUGGGAUGA